AUGCAUUGUCGCGCUUUUCUCAUGUACAUAACUCCAUUAGGUCAUUUAACAUUUCAUACAUUCGCUAACAACAUAACUUGGCAUGGGAUCAAAGAGUUUGAGGUGUACGGUUUCUCUUUGGCUUUAAGAGUCUCACUUUCAUUCAAGGUUGAUUCAUGUUAUUUACUUAACAAUCUUUGGUUUGUGGAGCUAGGGUUUUUGUGUGCACGAUUCAUUGAGAAUUUCUUGCAUCGGGGAUAUUAUAAGACAUCCAUCUUUAAGGUUCCUUCAAAAGCAUCAAGUGUUUACUACCUUCUCAAUGACUCGGAUUCAAAUGAGAAUGCUUUGAAUUAA